AUGGGUGCCUGCCUCUGUAAAAGUCACAAAGAGCUCCAGAGUGCCCCCCAGCAGCCUGUAACAGAAGUGCAGUUCUCUACCGAAAGACAUCCCAUAGUCAAGGGUAGCCAGAAAUCAUCCAAUGGAACACUGACAGACAAGAAGAACGGCAGUGGAUAUAACAUCGGGGAACUGGCAACUUCUUCCCUGCAAGGUCUAGUAGCCACCAUUAAAGAGCACAUCACCAAGCCCACCGCCAUGGCCCAAGGGAGGGUGGCCCACCUCAUCGAGUGGAAGGGGUGGAGCUCCGGGGCGGGGACAGAGGGCGGUGGCUACAGCUGGGGCGGGGCAGGAAGUGGCUGGAGCAGGACGGGGGCGGGGCUUCAGGAAGACGAGCAGCUCUACUCUCACCUGACUGAUGAGAUCAAGGAGGCCCGAUUCGCUGCAGGGGUGGCAGAGCAGUUUGCCCUGGCAGAGGCUGCCAUGAGUGCCUGGUCGAAUCAGGACGCCCCGGCCAAUCGCAGCGGCAGCAUCGCCCCUCUUCAAGAUCCAGAUGGCCUCUUUCUCCCUCAGUUCCUGUUGGACGGUGGGGACAUGGGUGCCUCUCAGCAUCUCUACAACAUCAACCUGGAGCCCACCACUGGCGGCGGCCAUCUUUUCCCUCCUCUUCCGCCUGACUCUUGCUCCUCGAGCUCCCCCUGGCAGAUGGAAGCAGAGCGCCCCCUGGAGAAACGGAGGACUUCGCGCCCGGACGCCUCCAUCCGCCACGCGGACAGCAGCUCCCUCUCCGAAGACGAGGUUUUUUACAACUAGAAACCGGGAAAAACCCGAAGCGCCUGAGAGACAAAGUGCGCAGGAAAUCAAGCUGCCAGAGGGUGAUGGAUUUUACACAAGGGGUGGAAAAUCCCCUGAUCCUCUCACCUGUGAGACGGGCCCCUAUUAGUUCCCCCAUCCCCAGCUCCUGCCUGCUGAGAUUCUGAUGUGGAAUCAAUAGACUUUCAUGGGGAACUGACUGAGCACCAGUAAUGGGUACUCUGUAGAGGCAGAAGUCAUUAGAAAAUGGACUCACUGUAGAUGAUUGCAGUGUCUGGCUUUGUCUCUCCGGCCGUGUGAUGUCUUUGGAGUCUGAAUCUGGAUCAGUGCUUUGUUCUGUUUUGUG